AUGAAAGUGUUGUUGUUAGUAUUACUCGUAAUAGCCGUGAGCGCAGAAGAUAGAAGGAGGGGGUUCAACAGGAAAAUGAGAAGAUUUGUUCGAAGCAGAUGGUUCAGAAGAUACAACCGCUCCCACAAGAAUUCAGUCAAAGAGUUGUACCGCCAACUCAAGAAGUUGAAGAAGAGCAUAAAUGCGUUGAGAAUUGAAGCGGCAUCCAAGCCCGUUAAAGAGGUUCAAAAGACUCAAGCACAAAUCGUGACAUUGCGCAAAGAGGCCGGUCGUGUUCGAAGAGCAUUGGCCGACCAGGUCAAAGAGAUUCGAAAAUACAGAAGAGUGCAGAGAAAGCAGUUCAGAGCCGCAAAGAGAGGAAUUGUACGAACACUCAAACACCAACUCAACUCGACAUUAAGAGAAAUGAAGUCCCAGUACAAGAACAAACCAGACGAUUUCUUGUUUAACUUUAAGACUGAGGCGAGAAAAAUUUUCAACCAACCUGCGUGCAAGAAGUAUCACAGACUUUGCAAGAAGGUGUACAGAAGAUACGUUAAAAAGGCCAAGAGAACAUUUGGAAAGCUUGUUGGAUUAAUUCAACUCAAACAGAAAAUCAACAACGUCUCCUCGAAGAAGGUCAAAGGGGCCGUCGUUAAAACGCUUUACCACUUUGAAAAGAAUUAUAACAAAAUAGACGACAACCACCAGUCCGUCAAGAACGCUUUUGCUCAAAUCAAGUGCGCCAAAUAA